AAGUCACACACGACAUUUGCUAUAUCAUUUACAUAAUACGUAUAAUAAAUAAAAUUUAAUAAAACAAUAAAGAAAAAAUGAAUUGCUACAAAGAUUACACACAAAAAGCACGAAAACUAGGCUUGGUCGAACCGCAUAUAAUAUUAUGUGGUGAUGUUACACCUAAGCUAAAUCAUUACAUUAAAAUAUUGGACGAUUUGCAUAUUAACGAAGGAUCAUAUCAGGAAUACUAUGGUGAAGUGAAGAAGAUCGUAAAUAGCUUCAUUAUUCACUGGACAGAGGUUAUGAAUAAAGCGAUCAAGGAAGCAGACAAAGUAACAAAACUUGUGAACAGGGAGGAGCUGAUAGAUUCUGUGCAAAAAACUAUUGGAUUGCAAAAAAUCAAACAGAUCUUCUUCGAAAAAUCUUUCCUUCCUGUUACUUGUUCUGAGGAAAAAGUAGCUUAUGACGAAAUCCUAAUGCGUAAUGACAAUCAUCUUGAGGGACUAAAGAACUUGGAACAUGUUAUAAAUCAAAUGCGUGAUCAUAAAUCGAUAGAAGAAUUCUCGAAGGAUCAUUUUAGUAAAUCGUUGCGAUCCAAGAAUGAUAUAUUUCGUUUCACUCACACUUAUAUUGCUGUGAUGUUGUUGAGGAACAUUAACAAAAUUCGAAUAAGCUUGGAGGAGAUCGCACACCGUGUUCGCAAUAAUCUCCAACAAUUGGAGGAAAAACGCGGUGAAGAACUGAACUGUCUUCUCAAUCAACUCUACAACAAAAACAAAGAACAACUGGCUGUGUCCAGGAAACCAUGGCGGGACUCCUCACAAAUUGCCGAAGUAAGAAUUGUUCAAAAAUGCCUGGACAAGUUGAAGUGCAGGAUAGAAUGUCACAAAGAAGGAGUUCUGGCCAGAGUUAAAGAAGAGGCCGAUUACUGGAAUGAAAAGCUCAAAGAGUUCAAUCAGAUCGACAAAACUGUCAAGGAUCUGAACGAGAUAGAACAGAAGAUUCGAGAACAACAACAGACUUAUCUCAGUUUGAGGGAUACUGAGAUACCGCCAACAAAACGCAGAUGUUGGGAGCAUAUGGAAAAGAUGUUCAAUACGAAAUUAGAACGUCUAGAAGAGAAGAAAAAGGAAGCUGGAAGGGCACUGAUUAGUUUCUUCAGUGUUAGAGGUCCUGAUCAUAUUUUCUACAAUGAUAGCAUCGGUCGUUACUACGUGGACGAGUACGGCCACAAAGUGUAUUGUUAUGACUACGGUCUCAACAUGUACCACGUCAAUUGCAAUGGAGAAUUCUUUGAGGCACAUGAUACAGAAGCAUAUUACUAUGAUGUCAACGGUCGAUAUGUUCUUGAUGCGAACGGUGAUAAAACGUACAAAAUAGCCCCUUGCACGAGUUCGUAUCGCAUGGUGAACGAUCUGCUCAAAAAGUGCACGGUGGAUUGCGGACACUCAGAGCAACAGAAUAAGUCAUGCAAGAUGGAUAUAAGACAUUGCGGAGAUAAUAUCAAUGUACCUAAGACUAAGAUGCAGAAUAUAAAAGGGACUCUUAGUAAGGAAACUGCGUUAUACUUGUGGGACAGCUUUGGCCAUAUUCUCCCGGAGGUGCUGUACCAAGUAGCUACGGAGCAACCCAAGAACCCGAUACACUGCCUCGCUCAUAAACUCAUACGUUACAAGUACAGUAGAACCCUAACAGAAAUGGAGCAAAAACGUGCAGAAGCUGCUAAAUAUCGCGAAAAUAUUUACCAAGAACGAAAAGAUAAAGCGGUAGCAGCCUCUAAGGAGUGGAAGUCUAAGCAAGUGAAGCGUCGCAAACCAGAAGAAUCUGAUGAAGUUGAAGUUCAGGCCGCUUAUGGAGCCCAUUUAGCCUGUCAGGAGUUUAUUAAUUUCUUGCCUAAUUUUUAUGGAUGAACUCACAAGUCUGAUUAUACAAAUAAACGUAAUAAAAUAAGCAA